AUGCCUUGUAAUUGCUCUUCAUCCGGGUCCUCCGAUUGCUGCAUUGAGGAGUCAUCAACGGGCGGCGCAAAUUGCUCGCCAUCUGCCGCCUCGCUUUUCAAAUACAUAGACCAUGCGAACAUUUACGCCCUUAAUGAAAAGACACGAGACUCCGUCAAGGGAAUUUUCCGUCCACAUCAUUUGCGUUUGCAGACGGAUAUGGUUGUGCAGAGCGAUGACGACGAUUCCCAAUUAAUCAUCCGCAUCCCUCUUUCACAAAGCAUUAAGCUGUCCUUUAUUGCAAUUGGGAUGCUGCAACCUGGCCCCGAAUAUGUAUUACGGAUAUUUGCAAACGGCGGAGCUGGCGCUGGCGCCGAUUUUUCAAAUAUUUGGACAAUCCCGGUCACGCAGGAGAUUGCGCUCGCCGAUACACCUUCUAUUGUGACGACCUAUCCGUUGCAAAGAAACAAGUUUUCAAACGUCGACGACUUGGUUUUGCACAUUUGUACCGCGGACCAUGGAAAGAACACUCCAUUUCCUGCUCGACCCUCCUCGUCGCCGCUUUUUAUUUUCUAUGCGGGGCUUUAUGGAGAAACGACAUUGCUGCGACGCGAUCCCGUAAUUGGCGUGUAUGAGGCGCGUCCAAUAGCCUCGGACCAUCCUUGCGUCAGUGUGAAACAUCAACCGGUACCUGAUUCCUUUGCCUGA